ACAAAACCAGAAACACGUUUCGUCCGACAGAAGCUGCCUGACGAAGAUCCAGUCAAAUGUGUUUUAUUUUCUUGCGUGAAAUCAGUUCAUUCAGUGAAUAUCCGACACACAGAUAAUGUGCAGACUGGACAAACAUUCGGGAUUCACUGUGGUCAUUUUGAAUGGAUGCACUUUUCAGUUUCCGCGAAAAGGAAGUUAGCUAGGCGGAUUUGUGAUCAUGGAGGCCACAGAUGCAGAAAACCUGGAUGUGGAUGAUGAGGGUUUACUCAAACACUCAACCACUCUGACCAACAAGCAUCGUGGAAAUGAGAUUACAGCUCGCCCAGCAACGCUAGACUCUCUGUCCAUACAACAGCUGGCAGCUCAGGGUGAGGUCUCACAGGUGGCUGCAGUCCUCAGUAAAGAUGGAUCAGUGCUCAACAAACAAGACGAACGUGGCUUCACACCUCUCAUGUGGGCGGCAGCAUUUGGAGAGAAAGCAAUGGUGGAUUUUCUCCUGGAAAAGGGUGCAGAUCCCAAAGCAGUUGCGAGGGAGCGAGAGAGUGCGCUGACUCUGGCCAGCUCUGGAGGUUACGUGGACAUUGUUAAGUGUCUUCUCAGACAUGGUGUGGACAUCGACACCUAUGACUGGAACGGUGGAACACCUCUUCUUUACGCUGUACGUGGAAACCACAUCAACUGUGUGGAAGCACUCUUAGCCAAAGGGGCGGACAUGACCAUCGAGUCAGAUUCGGGCUACAGUCCAAUGGCCUUAGCUGUUGCUCUUGGACAUAAAAAGAUUCAGAAAGUGUUGGAGGACCAUAUCCUGAAACUCUACAAGCCGCCACCAGGACCAGAGUUAGACUCCGUAUGAGCAGACAAAGCCAUUAGAAAGACACUAAGAUGUCAUUAUCACAGAUUACAGCUGAAGACAUUUUUAAUAACCAAUAUUUGUUUAUUCCAUUCCUAUGCUUAACUAAAUACAAAAUCUUUUUUUUUGUAGACAGAUCACAUGGUAGUAUUUAAGAUUUUUUUAUAUUUAACCAUAUGAAAAAAGAUUUGGAAUUUUGAAUAUUGAUGAAAUGUAUUUUUAUACUGUGAUGCUAUAAUGGUUCUUCUCCAAGGCACGUGAUAAACAGCCAACCAUGACAGUGUUUUUACAAGUGCUCUUAUAACUGCAAGAAAGCCAUAAAAA